AUGAACCCUUUAAAAUGUGCAUUUAGGGUAGCAUCAGGAAAAUUUAUCGGGUUUAUUGUUAGACAUCGAGGAAUUGAAACUGACCCUGCAAAAAUAAAAGCAAUUUUGGAAAUUCCUCCCUCACGUAACUUACAUCAAUUACAUGGCCUACAAGGAAGACUUGCAUAUAUUCGAAGGUUCAUUUCAAAUCUUUCCGGCAGAUGUCAACCUUUUUCGAAAUUGAUGCAGAAAAAUGUCUCAUUCAUAUGGGAUGAGGCAUGCCAAAAUGCUUUUGAAAGUAUUAAGAAAUACUUGUUACACCCACCAGUGUUGAGAGCUCCAAUUUUAGGAAAGUCAUUGAUGUUAUAUAUGACAUCACUUGACCGCUCUGUAAGGGCCUUGCUGGCGCAGAACAAUGAAGAGGGAAAAGAAGUUGCUCUUUACUACCUAAUGUCAAAAACUGAUCCCUUAAGAUAUAUCUUAUCAAAGCCUGUAUUGUCUGGACGAUUGGCCAAAUGGUCCAUGAUUUUGUCAGAAUUUGAAAUUAAUUUUGUCCCGCAAAAAGCAAUAGAAGGACAAGCGUUGGCUGAUUUUCUGGCAGCACACCCAAUUUCAGACAAUAUGGAGUUGCGAGAAGAUCUUCCAGACGAAGAAGUCUUCACAAUCGAGACUUCAUCAUGGCAACUAUUUUUUGAUGGGGCAGCAAGAAACAGUGGGGCAGGUGCUGGCAUUGUCUUUGUGACGCCGUCAGGAGGCCUGAUACCUUACUAUUUUCAUAUUCUGGCUAUAUGCACCAAUAAUGUAGCAGAAUACGAAGCGUUAAUUAUCGGCCUCGAAAUUGCACUCGAAAUGAAAGUACAGUCGUUGGAAGUAUUUGGCGAUUCUCUUCUGAUUAUCAAACAAAUUAAUGGUGAAUUUGUAGUCAAGCAUGAGGCUUUAAUUCCUUAUCAUGAGAAGGCUAAGCAUUUGAUUGCUCAAUUCCAAAAUAUCACGUUAAAUCAUGUCCCUGGGUCAAAAAAUGAUCGGAAAGAAGAAAUAAGUACCAUAAAUCUGGUAACUUUCCUUGAAAGUACAAACAACAAUGACUGGCGCCAACCAAUUAUUAACUAUAUCCAAAAAGGAGUCUUGCCAAAAGACUUGAAAAGAAGAGUGGAUGUAAAAGGAAGAGCUCUUCGGUUUGUCUUCCUCAAUGACACAUUGUAUGAGCAUUCUUUUGAUGGGAUGUUGUUAAGAUGUCUUUCAAAAGAAGAGGCGUCACAUGCGCUUCAAGAAACUCAUGCUGGUACAUGUGGUGCGCACCAAGCUGGCCCAAAACUGUCAGCUCAAUUAAAGCGGCUGGGUUACUAUUGGCCUACUAUGGUUCAAGAUGUGAUUAAUUUCGCCAAAUGCUGUAAGUUAUGCCAAUUGCAUGGAGAUUUCAUCCACCAACCCCCUCAACCACUUCAUCCUUCUAUAUUGUCAUGGCCUUUCGAAACAUGGGGAAUGGAUGUUAUUGGUUCCUUUACACCACCUUCUUCCAAAGCCCACAAAUACAUCCUGGCCAUUACAGAUUAA